UUCACAAUCUGUAUCACUAAAGAACAAAACAAUGUAAAUAUCUCCAAUUUCUCUUAUUAGUGCUAACAAUUUUCAGAUAAGAUGUAGUAUAUUAAUCAAUACUUUUUUUGUUUCAGCCCUCAAUAUGUUGCUGAAUAUCACUGUCAUUGAAAAAAAGGGAAAAAAAGACAAAUUAAAAAUACAUCCAUUAACAGAAAUUUCAACAAUCACUAGAAUAACGUCAUUGUGUUUUCAAAAUCAGAAAUGCCAAAUAAGGCCUUAUUGUCCUAUCUAACCCAGUUUCUUUUGUAAAAUUGGGCCGCAAACAAAAACAAAACCGACCCACCAAAAAUUUAGCACAAAUUACAGGAGUAUUCGUGUCGGGUUCAAAAAAUUCAAAUUAUAGGGCAAACGGAAAGCUACUCCAACGGCUAGUAAAUUUGAAAUUGAAAUUCUGGCUCAAAGACGCUCACAGUAGUAUUCAAUGCAAGCAGAGGCAGAGAAGCAGCAUUCAUGGAAGAUCAACAUCCAUACCAAGGCCAAGAGCUUCCAUUUCAGAUUCAAAGCCACAAAUAUCUCACCCACUUGGAAGUUUCACCGCCUCUCUGUUCUGCUAAAGAUUCGCAGAUUUCUCCUCCUCACUGUAAAUUCAGAAUCAUCAGCAUCAAACGCCAUUUCCAAGCAGCGACACCAAGGAAAACUGAUAUCCAAAUUCCUCAGAUUGUUCAAGAAAAUUCGCCUUGAAAGGACAAAGAACCAACACCCAGAAGCUAAAUUUCCUUCUAAUCGAUUGCAACGGUUUUCUUAUAAGUUUAUUUGCUUUCAGGAACCAAUUUGUGUGGGCUCUUUGUUCUUGGGAAUUCUUGCAUGUCUAUUGUCUCCACCGAUUUUCCAGGCAAUUGCCAUUUAUAGUCUGGUUAUGUUGUUGUUUGUUGCUUUCUUGUUCAAGAAAUGCAAAACAAGAAAACCCAGUAAGCUUCUGAUCCUACUAAUUGCAGCGGUAUGGGCUUGUCCGUUACUGUCACUGUUUCAUUUAAGUUAUUUUUUGAAAUAUGAUAAAGGGUUUGCCUCAAACUUUGUUUGGAAGGCAUGAAAUAUCGUUGCCUCUUUGAUAUGGAACUCCCUUGUGAAAAUGUUUUGGAAUUCCAUUAAAUUAUUUCAAUUCUAUCAGUAAUUCUUUCAUAUA